CUUCAAAGCAGCGCUCAAAAGUGCUCUACGCGUUUAACCUGAAGGGGUUUCAUCGAAGCAGCAACGCAUCUCGUCACCUCCAUAAAAAUAUUGGUUUGAGUGGCCACAUUCGUCUUUCUACUCCAGCUUAGGACAUAGACGCGAUGUUCUGGCGCUUCGGAUUUCACAGUGCGUCUGCAAUCGACGGUCUUCUGGACAAGGAAGGCGUUACGUUGGACGAAUUGCUUGAAGAGGAUGAAUUGCUGCAAGAAUGCAAAGCGCACAACACGAAGCUUAUUGAAUUCUUAUGCAAAACAGAUGUUCUGGAGCAACUGCUUGGGUACAUUAUGGCCGAGGACCUCGAUGAGAAUAAACGUUUUAAGUACCCAUAUCUCGCAAGUGAGAUUCUAAGUUGCGAGAUUUUUUCAAUAUGCGAAGCCAUUCUCGCCAACAUCGACCUAUUGAAGAAUUUCUGGACCCUUCUGGAUAGACCUGCACCACUGAAUCCAUUGACCGCUAGCUAUUUCACUAAAGUCAACAGUGUCCUACUGCAGAAGAAGAUGCCAGAGAUGAUCACCUUCAUUAGGGCUCAGCCGGAUGUUGUUCAGAAACUUCUGGCUCACAUAGGAAGCUCUGCAAUUGCAGAUUUGCUGCUCAAAUUAAUAAGCAUGGAAGAGGUUCCAGAGGGUACCGGGGUGGUUGAGUGGUUGAGCAAAGAAGGAUUAGUGUCGACUCUUGUAAGCCGACUGGACCCCAGUUUAGAAACGGAGACGCACAACACGGCUGCCCAAACCCUUCUGGAUGUGAUCGCUGUGAGCUAUUCGGCGAUCGGGCCUCAGGAGUCAUUGAUGCCAACCGGACUGGGGGCAUCCAUAAUGGGGGAACAAGGCGGAAUGUUCUCUCCAAAUUCCGGUGGUAAUGCCCUGGUUGAUGAAUUGAAAAGCGAGAUAAUCAUGAACAAACUUGUCGACUAUAUGCUCGAAAAGUCUGCACCACAUUCCGGCAGCACACUGACCAACGGAAUCAAUAUAAUUAUUGAGCUCAUUCGUCGAUAUUGCAGCGAAAUCGAACAAGCGGAAUACCAGCAGCAUCAGUAUCAACAGCUACAGCAACAGCAGAGACAAGGACCUCCACCCCCAUCAGACGAGAAAUUGAAAGCGCUAGCUACGGAUUUGAACGAACUACUGCGAGUCAUUGGCUCGCGACUGCUGCAAUUCGCUGAACUUAUACAUGCACCGAGACAUAGUGAACCUGUCAAUACUACGAUAGGCAAGCAACAUCCUUUGGGAUCUGAGCGCCUAAAAACGUGUGAGCUUUUCGCAGAAAUUCUGCAUCUACAAUACCUCUAUACUUCGAGUCCGCUCUUUGAGAGGCUCAUCAGCGCCAAAAAAGUUACGGAUGAUGGCAAGAAGACUGAGGAUGAAACAAGCGAAACGGCAGAUGAAAAAGCGAAACUCUCAACGAAUCCAAAUACUAGUGUCGCUGAUGAACUUGUUGCAAUAACAGACAAGUUCAUUGAUGCCAAGAUUCUCCCAGUAUGCUUGGAUUUGUUCUUUAAUUUCCCUUGGAACAACUUUCUGCAUUCUGUUGUGUAUGAUAUGAUUGCGAAAGUGUUCAACACUUACUCGUAUACAAGCACUACCAUCGCGAGCAAGCCACCUAGCCCUUUCAAACCAGAAGGCGAUGUUGAAACUGCUUCACGGGAGCCGGAGACGGUCUCUGUACCUGUCCAAACCAAUACUAUUAUCUCGGUCGAAGAGCAAAUGCAGGCGGUGAAAGAUGUUGUACGAAAACUUGUACUAUCGAUUUUCAAAGAUGGAGAGCUUACGAAGCGAAUUACUAAAGCUCAACGCGACAACGACUUUGAAGUGACGCAACCACGAGGGGUACGGUUAGGGUACAUGGGUCAUUUGACGUACAUUUCCGAUGAAGUGUGCAAACUACUUGAAAAAUGUAGCGAAGAUUUGAGUCAAGAGAUAGGAGAUCUUAUAGGCGCAGAAGAUUGGCAAGAAUAUGUCGCAGGCAUAUUGCGGGAGACGAAGGAAAGGGACAGGCAACCACUUGGCGGGGUUCGACCAAACGCUGGACCGCAACAAAAUCAUCUACCUCUGGUGACCGGUGUGGGUGGUGGAUUUGCCGGUGGGGGGAUGGAUGAUACGGACAUUGGUGCCUCCAUCAAAGGGGAUGCUGGCAAACGGGAAAGCGAUGAUGAAGAUGACCUUGAUUCGAUUGGCGCCGGGACCAGCGAUGUAUACGUGGGAGAUGGAGACGUGGCCAGCGACCAGUUUGCAAGAUAUCUCUGCCACCAGAUUGUUGCUGAUCUUCCAGACCGGUUUAUGGGUGUUGAAAGUUCAGAUGAUGAGGAAGAUGAAUCAAACGCCGAGUGGAUUGGCGAAUUCGAAAGUAAAGAUUUUGACGUGAGGGAAGCCUUUGAUCCAGAGAAUCCAUUUCCUCACAAGCGAUCGUCACUGGGGGAAGAAUUCGAUCCACCUAGGGGCGAUGUAUCGUCCUCUAUUUCCGAGGCCGAGGAGUCAGCCAGUGAGACUAAUGAAAGAGACCAGCAGAAGGAUUCUUUUGACACGAACGAAAUGCUCGGAGCGCUGGAUACAAGUGCGUUGCAAACGGGAUGGGCGGAUUUCAGUCAGUUUAAGUCAGGUCCGGGUGAGACCCAGCAAGAGGGAGGAGGUGCGGAAUAGUGAGUUGCUCUUAUGUAAACGCUGGAACGUGGACUAUCAACAGUAGUUAUCUUGGGAAUUAUUUAUUGCGAUGUUUUCACUCGUUAGUCGAUGGAUGAAAUACAAAAAUCCGUUUGAUCUACUAGUCCUUAGUAGUCUCAUUUGUAGGUUGGUCAAGUGCAAUUCAUGGUGUAACCGAGUCG